CAUGUGGUCCACCUGUGUGUCUCUGCCUAGGUGUGCAUGCAGUACCUGAAGGACACCAACAUGCUGUUUGUGGGGGGGCUGAUGGUGGCCGUGGCCGUGGAGCACUGGAACCUCCACAAGCGCAUCGCUCUGAAGGUCCUGCUGCUGGUGGGGGUCCGGCCCGCUCUGUUGAUGCUGGGCUUCAUGGGAGUGACCGCCUUCCUCUCCAUGUGGAUCAGCAACACGGCCACCACCGCCAUGAUGGUGCCCAUCGUGCAGGCCGUCCUGCAGCAGCUGCACGGGGACCUGGAGCCUGAGCCGUCCAGCGAGGCCCGGAGGAAGAGGAGCGUCGAGCAGAACCAGGACCACCAGGAGAGACCCAGCCACACCCUGCAAACUGCUGCCAGCAACAGCCUGGAGAGCGGUACGACUGAUGACCUGCUGGACCCAAAUACGGCAGACAAUCAAUCAAUCCACAACUUUAUUAAUCCUGCAAGGGCCAGUUGGUUAUGAGCAGCUUCUGCCAUGUGCACAGGCAGGAAGGUGUAGGGAGGAAGC